AAUUUCUAAUUUUCUCUAACAUCCACCACCAAAUAUAAUUCAAAUUACACAAAUCCUGUUUUUGUCAUCCCAAAUAACCCCCCGUUGCUGAACCUAAACCAUGGGGGCCUACAAAUACAUUCAAGAAUUGUAUCGUAAGAAACAAAGUGAUGUUCUUAGAUUUUUAUUAAGAGUACGCGUUUGGCAGUACCGCCAAUUGACGAAAUUGCACCGGGCCCCAAGACCUUCGCGUCCUGACAAGGCCCGCAGAUUGGGGUACAGGGCCAAACAAGGUUUUGUUAUUUUCCGUAUUCGUGUUCGUCGUGGGGGUCGCAAGCGUCCAGUCCCUAAAGGUGCCACUUACGGUAAACCUAAAAGCCAUGGAGUUAACCAACUUAAACCCGUACGCAACUUGCAAGCCAUCGCUGAGGAAAGGGUAGGAAGACGCUGUGGUGGUCUCCGCGUUUUGAACUCCUAUUGGGUGGCACAAGACUCUUCAUACAAAUACUAUGAAGUCAUUUUAGUUGACCCAUCUCAUAAGGCUAUUCGUCGUGAUCCUAAAGUAAACUGGAUAGUUAAUUCGGUUCACAAACAUCGUGAACUUCGCGGGAAAACAUCAGCUGGACGUUCCUCUAGAGGUAUUGGAAAAGGACACAGGUAUUCACAAACCAAGGGCGGUUCCAGGAGGGCUGCCUGGCUCAGGAGGAACUCUUUGCAAUUACGCAGAAAGCGUUAACUUAUGUAAAUUUAUACAUUUUGUUUUGAUAACAAUAACAAGUCUGAAGAAGGCAA